UCGCUGAUCAAGAGCUCUAACCACCUUAGCUAGAGCGAUCGCGAGUUAGCUUGUUGGCUUGUGAUCGAGGUGCUAGCUAGCAAUGGCGUUCAAGGCGUUCGUGCUGUUCGUGGCCGUGAACUUGGUGCUGGGCGUGGCCAGCGCGUGCUACUCGCCCGACUGCUCGACCGGGUCGACCCCUUCCACCCCGACACCCACCACGCCGGGGUCGAUCGGCCAGUGCCCCAUCAACGCGCUGAAGCUGGGCGUGUGCGCCGACGUGCUGGGCCUGGUCCAGGCCCAGGUGGGCGCGCCGCCCGCGCUGCCGUGCUGCUCCCUCCUGAAGGGCCUCGUCGACCUCGAGGCCGCAGUCUGCCUCUGCACCGCCGUCAAGGCCAAUGUGCUCGGCAUCCAGCUCAACCUCCCCAUCAACCUCAGCCUCAUCCUUAACUACUGCGGCAAGAACGUGCCCAGCGGCUUCCAGUGCUGAUCAUCAAUCGUGUCUCGAUAUA